GAUGUGAACGACAGCAGAUCACACUCCAUAUGCCCCUCAACAUCCCAGCAAUCACCAACUUAUUGGUUCAAGUGACGAGCCCUCGUACGAGCCUUGCUUGUCUCACCACUCGUGAUGGUCAUCUCUUAGCCUACUAUUCAUUGAGUCAAUCGGAAGAACAGGCCAAAACUAUUGGUGCAUUGGCGGCUGGUCUUAUCAAUUCUGCUAGACCUCCUACAACCGUUUCUGCAUUAUGUGAGCUGGGAUCGAUCUAUGUUUCUCUUCUUCCGCCUUAUUUCUUGAUCGUUUUGCUGGGUGAUAGUGAAUCUGGGAUGAUGGAGACCUUGGCUUUGAAGGCUCGUUUGCUGGAAGACCGGUUACGGGAGCCCUUGUCAUACAUAUAGUCACAUACAUGUACGAUAUCAUUAGCUCAAUUGGUGGCCUUCGUGUUGAUAUCCCUGCCUGACAGGAAGAUAACUUUUUGUAUAGUACACAUGAUAAGUUUGACUUGACCAACGGCUUUGAAAUGUAUAACGCCAAGAAAUCUAGAACA